AUGCCAGACCAUAGAGCGCCUGUGCUGGUGACUGGCGCCGCAGGCCAAGUUGGAGGAGUGGCAGGCCGUGUUGUCGAACUACUGAGAUCCUCUGGUAUACCCGUUCGUGCGCUGGUUCGUCGCCAUGACGAACGGGCUGCGCGACUUCAGGAACUUGGCGCAGAAAUUGUGGUCGCUGAUCUCACCAAAUCGGAAGAAAUAUUUCCGGCUGUCCAGGGGUGUAAAUGCAUUUUUUUCAGCAUGAGUGUAUCUUCACAGUACCUGGAGGCAUCCACGGUAAUGGCCGCGGCUGCGCGAGCCAGCUCCGGGAUCCGACUACUGGUCAACAUGUCCCAGAUGACCCUCUCCGAGAUGGACCUUACGCAUGUCACCGAAUCGCCUCAACACAGACUGCAGUGGCUGAGUGAACAGGUCCUCAAUUGGUCAGGAGUGCCUGUGGCUCAUCUGCGACCGACAGCUUUUCACGAAAAUCCUCUUUUCUGGGUAUUUGCGGCCCGGUCUAUUGAGAACUCUGGAGCAAUUCGUCUGCCUUUCGGAGAAAGCCGCACGUCUCCAGUAGCCGCCCAGGAUGUUGCGGAAGUAGCCGUUAAAGUGUUACUCGACCCGCUUCCAUAUGUGGGACGAAUCUUGGAGAUCACUGGCCCCCGUUCCGUUGACUUGAACAGCCUUGCAGAGGAGUAUUCUGCUGCUUUGGGACGCUCCGUUCACUACGUGAACAUCUCAUUUGAGACUUGGGAAGAGGAAACGCUUAAGAAGAGUGAGAUUCCUGAACAUGUUUACCGGCACAUUCAGACUAUGGCAAGUCUCCAUGCUGCAGGGCGCUAUGAUCGACAUACAGACACUGUCGGCCAAAUUCUUGGUCGACCGGCCACGAGCUUAGCGGCAACGAUCAAGAAUGGUGGUAGUCAUUUCCCCUUCGUCCCAAAUGACCUAUGA